UGUUUAGCUCCGUCUCUGCGCGGUGACUGGCUCCCUCCCUGUUGGCCUGCCCUCCCUCCGGCCUCCUGCAGUCUCUGCCCUCACGCCGCACAGCGCGCACUUACUCGCCCGUCGCCGUCGGCAGGAUGUCUCCUCUGGCCAGCCGCCUGCUCCUUGUCCUCUGCCUGGCUGCACCUCUUUACGCAGUGGAAAAGGUGAGAAAUAGGGGCUACCGGAAAGAACCUGACGCCGACAAGUGCACAGGAAACGAUGCGGAAAAACCCAACUGCACUAGACACUCCUCCGAUGAGGGAAGAUCUCCUUUUCUGUAUGGCAGCUGCAUGCAAGGCCCAGCAGGCACCCCUGGAAGAGAUGGUAACCCCGGAGCCAAUGGCAUUCCAGGCACGCCAGGUAUCCCGGGCCGUGACGGGCUCAAAGGUGAAAAGGGGGAAUGUGUGAGUGAGAUUUUUGAGGAACCCUGGAGGCCCAACUACAAGCAGUGUGCCUGGAACUCCCUGAAUUAUGGCAUCGACCUGGGUAAAGUAGCUGACUGCACAUUCACCAAGCUGCGUUCAGACAGCGCUCUCAGAGUCCUCUUCAGCGGUUCCCUGCGACUCAAGUGCAAGAACGCAUGCUGCCAGAGGUGGUAUUUCACCUUCAAUGGAGCCGAGUGCACAGGACCCCUGCCAGUGGAGUCAAUCAUUUACCUGGACCAGGGCAGUCCGGAGCUCAACUCGACUAUUAACAUCCACAGAACAUCCUCAGUUGAGGGGCUGUGUGAGGGCAUCAAAGCCGGGCUGGUGGAUGUGGCGCUGUGGGUCGGGACCUGCUCCGAUUAUCCCAGGGGCGACGCGUCCACAGGGUGGAACUCUGUAUCCAGGAUUAUCAUCGAGGAACUGCCCAAAUGAAACAGAGUAGUAUGAAAGGGAGGACCCGGUCUUUAUAGCGUAGGAGCACGUUGCCCGGCAAUCCAAAAUGAUCAGGUAUGGCUGGUUGAGGCGUCGCAGAGUCACUGAUUGUAACUUGAAUGUUUUUUUUUCUUUCUCGUUCUGUUUGAGUACGCAGACAGUAAACACUGUUGUUCUGCCUCCUGGAAAUAAACCCUGUGCUGUAGCUUCGUCUGCUGGCGGCCUGCCUGUGGACCUCAGCAACCAGCCAUUGUCCCUAUAAUGUACUGUACGACGUGUCCGUGAAUUGAUUGUGUCAAUAAAAUCACCUUUUUGUAAAGA